AUCGCCUGAUCCUCCUCGACCUCUCACUAGACUCGCCUUGAUAUAGACAACGAUGGCAAAGAAAUCUCAGACUCCUGCCGCCGUAGCGAAAUCCGCUGGCAAACCCGCCAAAAAGGUCGAAGUCAAGGCCAAGAAGCCGGCCGUGGCCACACCCACCAAGACUGCCGUUGCUCCCGUCGUGACUGAAGAAGAAGGGGAAGAAAACUCGGACGACUUUGAGGAUGUCGAGUCCGAUGAUGAGGACGAGGAUAGCGACGAGGACGACGAGUACGAUGGUGUGACUGAGGAAGGGAUGGAAAGGCUCAUGAAGCUGCUCGGAAAGGACGGGUUGAACGAAUUCGACAUGGACGUUCUGUCGAGCGUGGCUGGAGGCGAGGAGGAGGACGAUGACGAUGAAGCUGACGAGGAGGAGCUCGAGUACGGGAGUGGGGAUGGUAGUCAGCUCGGUGGUGACGACGAUGACGAAGAUGAGGAGGACGAGGAGGAUGAGGACAUGGAUGAGGCCGAGGAAGACGUUCCUGCCGCUCUCAAGACCACGACCGCUCAGAUCGAGGAACAGACCGCCGAUGAUCUCGCUCUCGACGAGGUCGAGUCAAAUUACAGCGUCGACGAGGAUGCCGUCCCCGCCCGCAAGGUUGUCGUCAACAACAGGGCUGCCUUGACACAAUACGCCGACGAGAUGAACAUCACCAAGGUUAUGCCAUGGGGAGAACACUUGACCCUGACCACGAGGGAGACUUUGGAGGAUGUCGACCCGAACGACGACUUGAAGCGAGAAGUCGCCUUUUACAAGCAAGCCCUCUCGAUCGUCGAUCGAGCUCGCAAGCUCUGUAAACAAGCCGACAUCCCCUUUACCCGCCCCAGCGACUACUACGCCGAGAUGGUCAAGUCCGACGUCCACAUGGAACGUGUCCGAACCCGCCUCGUCGACGAAGCCACGGGGAUCAAAAAGUCAGAAGCUGCCAAGAAACAACGUGAUCUCAAAAAGUACGGGAAACAGAUCCAGCACGAAAAGCUCAAGCAGAGGGUACAAGAUAGGAAGGGAAUGGAUGAGAGGAUCAGGGGAAUCAAGAGGAAGAGAAAGGAUGGUGUCGAGGUGGGCGACGAGGGCGAGUCGAGCGCGUUCGAUGUUAGGGUGGAGGAUGCGAUCGAAGGGCGCGGCGGACGGGAUGGCGGGCGGGGAGGUCGAGGUGGCAAGGCGGACGGCAAGUCCAAGAUGCCCCGACACGCAAGAGAUGCCAAGUUCGGAAUGGGAGGUGGCGGUCGACGAUCGAAACAGAACACCCGGGAGAGCACCAACGAUUUCGGCGGGUCGACGAACAAGGGCGGCAAGCCCGGCAAGCCUGGGCCCAAGAGCGGAGCCAAGAGUAGACCGGGCAAGUCGAGGAGGAACAAGGGGAGGAACUGAUUGGACCAUUAGGUCGAUGUCGGGGUCGGGCGUCCUUGACUGUAUAUUGUACUGUUUUAACGUUUUCUUUGCCCUGUCUGUCCGAUUAUAGUCAUUCCCGCCUGCUUCAGACUGCUGGACUGGACUGAGACGUGUUCUAAAGAUAUAGCACAGUGACCAUUGAUACGAGUACAGGGUUU